AUGCGGUCCUUGGCUUUAAGCCUGGCUUCUUUCCGCCUCGCCAGCGCCAACUUCCUCAACCAGGGCCAAGUGCUAAGUCUCAGUGGCGUCUCUUACUAUGCCGGCGGGAUUGCUGUAGGCCAAAUAGAAACCACGAAUGCCUCCAGUCUCGCGCUCGCAGCUGCUCAGAUUCCCGGCCAAGACCUGUUCCCGCUCACCGUCAUCGAGACAUCGAGCAGCAUCCUCUCAGGCGAUGAGAUUCUGAACAUCACAACCACCUACGAUAGCACGGAUGACGUCUUCCAACCUGCCUUUCUACAUGCGAUCUAUAUCCGCCCAAGCACAUAUAAUGCUACAGCUGGGUACAACGGCACUGUGUCUCUCCAUUCUCAACUAUCACGACAGGGGACCUCUUUGGUUCUAUCACCAAAGAAGAUCCAUGGCCUCACAGGCAGCGUCGCGACUGCUGUAACUGUCUUGAGUCUCCCUCGAGGACCCUAUUUCGUCUCAGUCCACACCGGAAACGUCUACAAAGCCUACCGGUUGUACGACGAUGACCACCUCGCCUUUGUACAAGGGGUGAUUAGCGAUGAAGAGGGUGCUUUCACUACCCUCCCUGCCGUUACUGAGAAUGUGAUGGCAAAGAGCAUCGCUGUCCCUUCACGGCUGUAUUACACCGAGACCGAGGAUAAACCCCUCGCCGGUCUCCGCUUCGGAGUCAAGGACAUUUUCCACGUCAAGGGAGUAGGCACGAGUGGUGGAAAUCGGGCUUACUUCUACCUAUACGGACGACAGAACAACACUGCACCCGCGGUACAACGACUCAUCGACCUUGGCGCUGUCCUCGUUGGUAAAAUGGGCACUGUCCAAUUCGCCAACGGUGAUCGUCCAACCGCCGACUGGGUUGACCUCCACGCCCCUUUCAACCCAAGAGGCGAUGGAUAUCAGGACCCCAGCGGGUCAUCUACCGGCCCCGGGGCAGGGGUAGGUGCAUACGACUGGCUUGAUCUUGCUGUCGGCAGCGACACUGGUGGUUCCAUGCGCGGUCCGGCAGGAUCCCAAGGCCUCUUCGGAAACCGGCCCUCCACGGGCGCCAUUUCUCUUGAGCAUGUCAUUCCUCUGAGUCCCGUCUCAGAUACCGCCGGAAUGUUCGCUCGCAGUGGCAGUCUCUGGGCCAAGGUCACGCAGGCUUGGUACCCUGACUUUGCUUCCAACUACACUUCCUACCCGACGAUACUCUACCAAUCAACGGCUAGAGGAGGUGCUUGGUCUGGAGGUAAUGUCAGCGAUGAAGCCACCAAUGUCAUCACUAGCUUCGUAGGAAAGUUGGAAAGUUUCCUACAAGCCAACUCAACUCCUGCAAACUACACGCAGCUCUGGAGCGAAACUCACGGAGAAGCACCUGCAGAUGUCAACGAGAUGCUUUACCUCACCUACGGCGUCUACGUUUCCUAUGAUCAGUGGCAAGAACUCGGCAAGCCAUUCUUCGAGGACUACGCAGCAAAGUUUGACGGGCGUCAGCCAUACAUCAAUCCAGGACCCCUCGCCAGAUGGGAAUGGGGUCAGGUUCAUUCGACGGAAGAAGUCUAUGCACAAGGUCUUCACAACAUUUCCCUUUUUAGAUCCUGGUAUGAGACCGAAGGCUACGGACGACAUGAUCCUGAGUCAUGCUCUGAGGGACUCUACAUCUAUCCUUGGUCUGUGGGCCAGCCAUCCUAUCGCGAUGUAUACAUCCAGGCCCGGACUACACCUCCGCUGGGCUUCGACGACUCUUCCGUCCCGGUCAUGGCCGGUGCCCCGGAAGUAGUGGUUCCCAUUGGAGAGACCUUAGCGUCUGAUCAUCGCGUCUACAUCAUGCCUUUCUAUCAGGUUUACCAUACCUAUCCUCUCACCCAGAAACAGCGGGAAUCUAUCGCUCUUUCGAUCACCAAUCUUCACUGCAGCACUUUCAGCACACCGGCCUUUUUCGUCCAUGUCAACUUCAUUAAACAAGAAUCAAAGUCCGAUGAUGGAACCUACUUCAUGGCUGGAAAGUCGCACACUAGCAACUCGAACCGCAUUGUCGCGCUAGUUCGAACCUCGGCUUCUCGCACGAAAGAUGACUUUGACGCACUGGCAGCCAAGAUCGAAGAUGCCUGGAACGGUGCUAUCAAGGAGCCGGGUAAAGAGGCCGAGUUUGAUGAGGCAAAGCGGCUUUUGAUGGUUGUUUUUACGCCGAUGUUGGCGAUCAGAGAGGGCGGAAUGGCUAUUCCCGACGCAGGUCAUGAGGAAGCGUGGCUCAAGCAGCAACUGCCGUAUUUUAAGGAGAUGAGCGAAAAGCACGGAGUCAAAGAUUUUACGGACCUGUUGGAAGAGUUGAAACAGAUGGAAUCGCUCAAAGGUCUCCUCAACUAG